CAGCGGGGCCGGGCUGGUCCGCGCCCCGAGGGUCCGGGCCUGUCCCGCAUGCGCCCUGCCAAGGCCCCGCGGCCUCAUCGGCCACACCGGACCUGCUCUCGCCAUGUCCCGGCAGCUCAUCGGGCCCGCGCUGCCCCCCGGUUUCCCGCGCCGCGCCGAGGCCGACCCGGAUGAGGACUUCAGGCAGGUUGCAGGACCAGCACUGCCUCCAGGCUAUAAAAGCAGCUAUGGCUUGGGAACUCCUGACAGUGAUGAAGACUCAGAAUCUCUUCCUCUACCCAGAGAUGCAAAGAGAGAUUCUGAAGAGGAGACAGAAGAAGAUCCAGCACCUAAGUGA